UCUAAGUUGGGCAGCGGUCCAGUCCCGGAGCUCGGGCCGCAGCGGUUGUCUUGGGAACGGCGGCGUAGGCAGGCGCUGACGUCAGCAGGCGGCGCGCUGCCCGCACUGCGGCACCUAGUCGGCUCUCUGAGCCGGAGUGGCUGGCUGGUUGCUGGGUGGCUGCGGGGGCGUCCCGUGACUGCCCCGCCCCGCCCCGCCCGGCGCGGUAGGCAGCUUCGCACCGUCCCAGUGUCCGCCCGGGGGGAACGGGCCAUCGGCCGCUCUGAGCUCAGUUCUCUGGUAGAUUGGAAAGUGGAUGACCAAACUUACUAGAUCUGUAUCUACUAGAAAGAGUACAUUCGGGCUCCCAUCAGUAAAGUGAUGCUUAUCGAGUCAGGGCUUUCUGUUACAACUUGGUGCUCUCCAUAUAGCUGAGAUAUGCCCACUGUGGAGAGUGAAGCCAAACUGAAAACCAGAGUUCGCUUUGAGGAAUUGCUUAAGACCCACCAUGAUGUUAUACAUGAACGAAAAAAACUGAAGAAAAAAACUGGCAUAUCUGGAGAAAAAAUUGUACUUGACGCUGUUAGAAGCAAUCUUCAGAAAAGUAAAGAAACUAAAAGUGAUGAUGUAAGUGCCAGUAACACUAAUAACCCAGAGAAGAUCAUGCCAGUCCCUAAAAACAAACUGCGGAAUCUCCAGUCAGCCCCUGAAAAUCCAGAUGAUGUCAGUGCAGAGGAAGACAAGCAAGGAAAGGCGAGUAAAAAGGUAAAAACAGCACUCCAGGUGACUGCACAAGGAAUGGAACCGGCAACUCCCAGGAAGAAGGUGGAUUCUGUGCAUUGGAAAGCACAAACCAGGUCACAGCCAGGUGUUGCUCGUCAGAAAAGCGAGAAGGCAGGUGAAGAAAGAGAAAAUAAGAAUUUAGAUGAGGAAGAAGAGCUGAUGCAAGCAUACCAACUUCAAGUAGCUGAAGAAAUGGCAAAGGAGAUUAAGAAGAAAAUAAGAAAGAAACUCAAAGAGCAGCUGACUUACUUUCCUUCAGAUACUUCACUGCAUGAUGGCAAAUUGAACAGUGAGAAAAAAGAUACUACAUUACAUGAUGGCAAAUUGAACAGUGAGAAAAAAGAUACCUCAUUGCAUGAUGGCAAAUUGAACAGUGAAAAAAAAGUAAAGAAAAAGAAGAAAGUUCCAAUCUCAUCUAAAGCUGAGUCAAGAGCAUACCGACAUAAAGAAGAAGCUAAAAGUGGUCCAGCCAUCCAGAGUACGUUAACCAUCUCUGAUGACACAGUUGAAGGUGAACAAAAGAAGAAAUCUCCAGUUAGAACAGUUACUUCAGAUUCUCAUCAAGAUGGUAAAAUAAGCUCAAUGGAAGAAAAUGGAGAAGACAGCAUGCAAGAGAACACAAAAUCCAAACCAAAAAAAAAGAAAAAGAAAGCCAGAUCAGUUUCAGAUGAUAAAGAAGACACAGGUGGUGAUGGUGUUCAUGAAGUUACAAGCCGAGAUAGUCCUGUCUAUCCCAAAUGUUUGCUUGAUGAUGAUCUUGUCCUGGGAGUUUACAUUCACCGAACUGAUCGACUUAAAUCUGAUUUUAUGAUUUCUCACCCAAUGGUAAAAAUUCAUGUGAUUGAUGAGCAUACUGGUCAAUAUGUCAAGAAAGAUGAUAGUGAACGGCCUGUUUCAUCUUACUGUGAAAAAGAGAAUGUGGAUUACAUUCUUCCUAUUAUGACCCAGCCAUUUGAUUUCAAACAGUUAAAAUCAAGACUUCCAGAAUGGGAAGAACAAAUUAUAUUUCAUGAAAACUUCCCCUAUUUGCUUCGAGAUUCUGAUGAGAGCCCUAAAGUCAUCUUGUUUUUUGAGAUUCUUGAUUUCUUAAGCAUGGAUGAAAUUAAGAAUAACUCUGAAAUUCAAAGUCAAGAAUGUGGCUUUCGGAAAAUUGCCUGGGCAUUUCUCAAGCUUCUCGGAGCCAAUGGAAAUGUAAACAUCAAUUCAAAACUUCGUUUGCAGCUGUAUUACCCACCUACUAAGCCUCGAUACCAAUUAAAUGUUGUUGAGGUUUUUGAAUGGUGGUCAAAACACCCAAGAAAUUGGUACCCAUCAACAUUGUACGUAACUGUAAGAGGACUGAAAGUUCCAGAAUGUAUAAAGCCAUCUUACCAUUCUGUGGUGGCUCUUCAGGAGGAAAAAGGUAAACCAGUGCACUAUGAACGACACCACGAGGCCAGUUCCUUAGAUGCAGAACCUGGACUAGAAGAUUCCAAGGAAGUGGUGAAGUGGAAACGACUACCUGGGCAGGCUUGCCGUAUUCCAAACAAGCACCUCUUCUCACUAAAUGCAGGAGAGCGAGGAUGUUUUUGUCUUGCUUUCUCUCACAACGGAAGAAUAUUAGCAGCAGCCUGUGCUAGCAGGGACGGAUAUCCGAUUAUUUUAUACGAAAUUCCUUCUGGACGUUUCAUGAGAGAAUUGUGUGGCCACCUCAAUAUUAUUUAUGAUCUUUGCUGGUCACAUGACGAUCGCUAUCUCCUUACUGCCUCAUCUGAUGGCACCGCCAGGAUAUGGAAAAAUGAAAUAAAUAGUACCAGUACUUUCAGAGUUUUGCCUCAUCCUUCUUUUGUUUACACGGCUAAAUUCCAUCCCGCUGUGAAAGAGGUGGUGGUUACAGGGUGCUAUGAUUCCGUGAUACGGAUAUGGAAAGUUGAUAUGAGAGAGGAUCCUGCCGUAUUGAUCCGACAGUUUGACACACACAGGAGUUUCAUCAACUCUCUCUGUUUUGAUGUUGAAGGUCAUCACAUGUAUUCAGGAGAUUGCACAGGGGAGAUUGUUGUUUGGAAUACCUAUGUCAGAGUUAAUGAUGUGCCACAUUCAGUGCAUCACUGGAGUGUAAAUAAGGAAAUUAAAGAGAGUGAGUUUAAGGGGAUUCCCAUAAGUUAUUUGGAGGUUCAUCCCAAUGGAAAACGCUUGUUAAUCCAUACCAAAGACAGUACUUUGAGAAUUAUGGAUCUCCGAAUAUUAGCAGCAAGGAAAUUUGUAGGUGCAGCAAAUUAUCGGGAAAAGAUUCAUAGCACUUUGACACCAUGUGGGACUUUUCUCUUUGCUGGAAGUGAGGAUGGUAUAGUAUACGUUUGGAACCCAGAAACAGGAGAACAAGUUGCGAUGUAUUCUGACCUGCCAUUCAAAUCACCCAUUCGAGACAUUUCUUAUCACCCACUUGAAAAUAUGGUUGCAUUUUGUGCAUUUGGGCAGAAUGAGCCAAUUCUUCUGUAUAUUUAUGAUUUCCAUGUUGCCCAGCAAGAGGCUGAAAUGUUCAAACGCUACAAUGGGACAUUUCCAUUACCUGGAAUACACCAAAGUCAAGAUGCUUUAUGCACCUGUCCUAAACUGCCUCAUCAAGGCUCUUUUCAGAUAGAUGACUACGUCCACACUGACAAUUCUUCAAUGAAGAUGCAGCAAGUGAAACAGAGACUCGAUUCUGUCACAGAGGUGAUACGAACCUGUACUGCAAAGGUCAACAAAAAUCUCUCGUUUACUUCAAUGCCAGCCUCCUCACAGCCGUCUAAGGUAAAGCAGUCAGACAUGCUGGCCGCUCAUCAGAUUCUUCAUCAGUUUGGUUUCACUCAGACCGGAAUUAUCAACAUAGAAAGAAAGCCUUGUAACCAUCAUGUAGAUACAGCACCAACGGUAGUGGCUCUUUAUGACUACACAGCAAAUCGAUCAGAUGAACUAAGCAUCCAUCGCGGAGACAUUAUCCGAGUGUUUUUCAAAGAUAAUGAGGACUGGUGGUAUGGCAGCAGAGGAAAGGGACAGGAGGGUUAUUUCCCAGCUAAUCAUGUGGCUAGUGAAACACUGUAUCAAGAGCUGCCUCCAGAGAUAAAGAAGCGAUCCCCUCCUUUAACCACAAAGGAGAAAACCAAACUGGAAAAACCUUCUUCAGCUCUUCAAAAGUGGUCAGUCAUUAAGGACAAGUCCCAAGAUUUCAGGCUGGGCUCAGAGUCUGUGACACAUUCUGAAGUGGGCAAAGCGCAGAGCCGUGAGGACCGAGGACACACAAUGGAUAUGCAGGGGAAGAACAAUGAGCAAACCAGUCAAAAGGUCACCCUAAUAGAGUACAUUUUGUGUACUUUUCUCCUAGUAAAGAGUUGAAGAAUGAAGAGACAACCAAAUACACAGAAAUGAAAUGACAAAUUAAACCAAACGGAAUUUCUCUUCAGAGUGAAGAACUUCCAGAUACUAAGGAAGAAAGUAAGGCCCCACUACUCCUUGUCCUUAUGAAAGAAUCUAGAAAAAUCAGAAGCGAGAUAUGAGUAGAAAAAUAAAUGGGGCCUUUUGACCUUAAUUAUUUUAAA